AUGUUUUUACAAUCGAGCUCCUCGUACUUGCGUAAAGGCGUCAACCACAUUUGGCUAGCUGAGUGGAAGAAGGGCUGCGGCAAAUUGCAACCUCAAGCUGAGAUAGAGCUUGCAAAAGAAUAUGUCGAUGACCCGUCUGACGGCCGUUACGGCCGUCAUGUGACGGAUGAAAACGGGUGUUCUGCAGGUCCAAACGGAGACGGACAAUUGCCCGUCAGACCCGUCCGUCGACCCGUCUAUGACGGGGACGUCGUUCGAGCCGCGUGUCGUACCCGUGGAAUCGAGGCUGGACGGUGGUUGUCGUCGUUGUCUGGGUUGAAACCGCAAUGCCACCCUGCCAAGCAAAUAUGGGGUGUCGAUAAACAGCGACAAAUAGUAAUGAUUAAAUUCUCUGAACUUAAGGAUUUUAUGGCACACUUAUCAAGUUUCUGA